UUAAAUGGGUCUUAUGAAGCAAUGAACACUGGACUUGUUGGGGAUGCUAUGGAUGACCUAGUUGGUGGGCUAACCGAAUCCUAUACUCUCGGACCGUCAGUUGGCGUCGCAGGCUCAGGAAACAGGCAUGGUUCAGAGAGAAAUUUGGCGGAUAAUGAACUUACUGAUGGCGUUCGAGCACCAGGAGAUCUGGAUGAUAUUUUAAUUAAGUCUUUCGACCGUAGAAGUCCAAUUACUGCACGAAUUAAGGCCUAA